CUCGGUACCAUCAAUGGCCAUAAAGUUUUUGCGAGAUGGUUGAAGCUGCUAGACCUCUCCGGAAGCCGUUCUAAACACAUUUGCGAGCAGCAUUUUACUGAGAAAGAUUUUAUCUGUAUCAUUUUAGCAAGGGUGAUUACAUCCCAGUUGAUUAUGAGACAGUGUCAUCUGAUGAUGUUAAUAAGUAAAAAUGCUUUUACAGUCACAUCGAAAUAUCUACGGCCAAAUGCUGUUCCGUCGAAAAUUUCAAGGUUGCCUUUACAUAUAAUGGAGCACAACUACAGUAACUUUACGAGAACCUCUAGAAGCAAUCGCAUUUGCUUUGUUGAUGGAUGUGGUGCACGUGCAAUAAAAGAUGCAAUCCAUUUACACAAUUUUCCUCCAAAAUCGAAAAAACAGUAUAAAGCAUGGCUAAAUAUAUUGAAGUGUUCUCGCACUCCAACUGCAAAUUCUAAGGUUUGCAGCUUGCAUUUUAAGAAAACUGAUUACGUUUCAGGGUGUCGUCUCUACUAUCGUAAGGUUUGUCCAAUUAUCGUCCGGAGGGUUUAUGAUAUCAUGGAGCACUAA